GGCAGCUCCGGCAACCCCGGCAGCAGAGUAUCCUUGAUAUGGUGGAUACCCCUUUAUUAUGCGAUCGCAAGCACGAGAUAAAAGGGCCUAAACGAUGGCGUAUGACCUGAAGAAGGAGGAGGAUGUGAAGGAAUACUUGAAGAACCUUCAGAUAGAGUAUCAAUUUGGCUGUUACAGCGAGAAAAAACCAGACGUGUGCCACUUGCUAGGAGACUUUUACGAAGCGGUGAAGACGGACGCAGAGAAGGCUGCUUCGAUAUAUAAAACGACCUGCGAUCAGUAUAAUUACGCCAGGAGCUGCGCGAAAUUCGGCGAUUUCAAAGCGAUCGGUAAAGGUUGCAAGAAGGACAUACCAACGGCAUACAAGUAUAUGUCAAAGGGCUGUGAGCUCAACGAUGAGUAUGGAUGUUUGCACGCUGGUAUCCUAGGAACAUCCAAGAAUGAUGUUGGUGAAAAAGACAGGGCCACCCAGAUCCACGCCGGUGCCAAAUAUCUGAGGAAAGCCUGCGACAUGUACAACUCGAACAAGGCCUGCUUCUAUCUAGCGGGUAUCUAUCUAGGUGGUUUUGAGAAUAUCAUUGAGAAGAACUACAAAGAAGCGUACAAGCUGUCGUUGAAGAGCUGCGAACACGGAAAUCCGUACGCCUGUGCGAAUCUGUCGCAGAUGCACGCGCGUGGAGAAGGCGCGCAGAAGAAUCCUGAACUCGCGGCGACUUUCAAGAAACGCGCUAACGAUUUGUAUAAUGAAAUGAAACAAGUGCGACCAGAAUUGAAGUUUCAUCAGGGCAUAAAUCCAUAACACUUGACUCUUUGGUAUGCAUUAAUUUGAUCAUGAUUCAUUCGUUUUCUUUUAUUUUUUAAAUUCAACUCUUUAUGAAACAAAAGAUUAUGUAAAACUUUCAUAUUACGCGUUGGUUAUUUAACCAACGCUGUCUCAUGCGUCAGAAAUAUCAUGAAUUGCAUAAUUCGUUUACAAUUUUUAUAAUUUGAUAAAUGUAUAUAGUAGGAGAUGAUUAAUGCCCAUUUUUAUCAAUGUAAAUAAUUUUUAAUCUUGGUUUAACUUUUUAUUUUUUACUAAUUCUUAGACCAGGAAAAGGGUAAAAAAUAAAGCCGAAAUUAAAAUUAAUUUACAAUAGUAGAAAUGAACAUAAAUGAUUGAAAAAUGAAUUAUAUUCUUUAUGUUUGAUAAUUCAUUAUUCAUUAUUCGCGAUAUAAGCGGCAUCAAUCCAAUCUUAAAUAUUUCUAGAACGAAUUGUUAACUUAUUCUAUAUUACAAAUAUAUUAUAUAACUGUUUA